AUGGUUCAAAAUGAAAUUAGAGCUUUGAUGUAUUGUAACACCUCAUUAGUGAAACAAGAAGGGUCCACUACUGUGUUUGAAGUGGUGGAAACAAUAUUUAGGAAAGGAGGCGCAGAUGGAAAGGACAUUCCAUUUUUGGUGCACUAUAAUGAGUCAAAGUGUGAGAUGAAGUGUCUGUGUCGCCUUUUUGAAUUUCGAGGACUUGUGUGUAGACAUUUGAUUUAUAUUCUUUUCCGACUAAAAGUCUCUAUAGUUCUUGACAAAUAUAUUCUAAAUAGAUGGAGGAAAAAUGUUAAUCGUGAUUAUCAGGGAAUCACCAAUAUUUAUGAUGACUCAUGUCAUAUUGAGGAGGAUAAACGAAGAAAAAAUAGACUUCAACCAUUGUGGAAUGAAGUCUCAGAUCUCGGGUCAAAAAAUGACGAAAAUUUAUUGAUUGUAGAGGAGAUGCUGAAAGAAACAAAACAGAGGUUAAUGGAUGUUAAUGAAAUUCAUUCUAUGGAGGGUAAUGAAAGUAGAGUUGCGAAGAGUUUGCACAGCCCAUUGAAAGUUAGGUCUCGUGGACGUCCACCGACGAAAAGAAAAUAA